CAAUGUAGUAAACUAAAACGCAAACCAAGAAUUUGAUUCUUAUUUCUUCUUCUCUUUUUUCUCUGCCUUAAAUUCUUACAAAUUAGCAUCCAAUUCAUUCCUCAUUUUGGUUUUUGAUUUUCGUGACUAUACGCCUUGCCUUUGUUCUCCUCCGGCAAACUGAAACUUGUUUGGUUUUCUGCUUGUACUGCUACAAUUUCCCAGUUCCGGAUAACCUCAGCAACUUGUAGGAAUAACAAAAGACUGGGUAUUUGACGAUUUUGUUUCUGUUUAUAUCUUUUGAUUUGGUUUCUCUCCGUUUAUGACCUGUUCAUCAACUAGAACGAUUGUAAUACCCAGAGAAACUAAGUUUCUAUAUUUUAAUAAAAUUUACGGACAUUCUCAAUUUCAUGUGAAACCAAACUAUUGGAAACCCAAGUGUCUAUCCAAGGAUUCCAAUCCCUUAAUCUCAUCAUCAUCCGAUUCUGAAAGGAUGGCGGCGGUGGAGCCAUUGACCUCUGGAGCAAGUGGCCGCAUAAACGCCCUCUUCUCCUUACGUGCUUUGAGGAGCCUCUUGUUGCUGCUAAAUGCUGUCGUUUUGUUCUUGCUUUUGCCAUUCCGGGGGCAAAGACGCGCCUCCGCUAUCUGUUCCGGGGAGAAAGUGGGAAAGGACGAGAAACAGGACUGCCGGAGGAAAGGGUCGUCUUCUUCGUCGGCUGUGAUGAGGGUGCCGGCGGCGAUGGUGCUACGUAGAAGCGCGGCGGUGAUUUUGGACCAGGAGGCCGCGGCCAGGCGGUCACUGGCGAUCCAGAGGGUGGUUGAGGACGAUGAUAACGACACAGUGAGGGAGUUUUCGCUGUUUACUAGUGCACGAGGUGAAACGUUAUUCACUCAGUCUUGGACCCCAGUUUCCGUCGUAGUCAGGGGCGUAGUUGUUCUUUUGCAUGGCCUGAAUGAACACAGUGGCAGGUACAGUGAUUUUGCAAAGCAGCUUAAUGCCAAUGGAUUCAAGGUCUAUGGAAUGGAUUGGAUAGGACAUGGUGGAAGCGAUGGGCUACAUGCAUAUGUUCAUUCCCUUGAUCAUGCUGUUACUGAUAUGAAAAUAUUCCUUGAAAAGGUUUUAGCUGAAAAUCCUGGGCUUCCAUGCUUUUGCUUUGGUCAUUCAACUGGUGGUGCAAUUGUCCUUAAAGCAGUACUUGAUCCAAAGAUUGAAGCCCAAGUAUCAGGCAUUAUACUGACUUCUCCAGCUGUAGGCGUACAGCCAUCUCAUCCGAUUUUUGUGGUACUUGCCCCAGUUGUAUCAUUUCUAUUGCCAAGAUACCAAGUCAGUGUCACCAAUAAAAAGAACAUGCCAGUUUGUAGGGACCCAGAGGCGCUGGUGGCCAAGUAUUCGGAUCCACUGGUGUAUACAGGACCUCUCCGAGUGAGAACUGGUUAUGAAAUUCUUAGAACUACAUCCUACUUGCAGCAGAAUAUGAACAGAUUGAGGGUUCCUUUGCUUGUUCUCCAUGGCACCGAUGACACUGUAACUGAUCCUCAAGCUUCUCAGAAACUGUAUGAAGCAGCUGCCUCAACAGACAAAACGAUCAAAUUGUUUGAAGGCCUGUUACAUGAUCUCCUCUUUGAACUGGAACGAGAAACCAUAAUGGAUGACAUAAUCCAGUGGUUAAAUUGUAGAGUAUAGAAAUAGGACUAAACAGAAACAGGAACUCUUUAGUGAGCAAUCCAAAAGAUUGCUGCUAGAAGGUUUCAAGCGAAGUAAGAUAAUAGCAAAUCACAUUGCCAAAUAAGACUCAGCAUUUCAAUGUGGUUUUCACAUUGAUAUAAUGUUCAGAAUUUUAACGGGCUCUUUAGAUUUUAAUUUUCCUUGAGGGUUAACUUGCUGGUGUGGAGCAUUUUACCCCACGAUUUGUAGCUAGAGCGGUUCUGCUCUGCUGGUGAUGAGUUCACUGCAAACUCAACCUUGGCGGAUAGUGACUUAUUGUAUUUGUCUUAUUUUUCAUGGAUGAUUUUAUCACCGUGGUGCGUGUUUCUGUCUGUGCUUCAUAAGCCAACAAGACUUUCUCUUGCUUCA